AUGUACCGCUGGGAUGGUUCCUUCGACUUCAAGCGGAGGGAAGAUUGGGAUUACAAGCAUUCCUUCAAUUUCAUGGCGGGAUGGCUUGGACAAGACGAAACCAAAGAAGCGCAGAGACGGAAAAAAAAGAUGGGAACGGUUGAUGAACAAGCGCCUCCGCUUCCAAAGGACGACAGCUUGGUCGAAACGAUCGAAAAGACGGCGAAACAUGUGCACAAGUCGAACGAUCCAACGGUUUUCGAGCACUUGGUGCAGGAGAAGAACAAGGGCAGAUCCGGAUGGGACUUCCUUCGAGAAGGUGGUGAAGGUCGUGACUACUACCUUUUCUGCCUGCACUGUUGUGAACGCGAGGUUGAUCCCAGACCGAUGGCAUUACAUGCCCGAAAAGUGAAAGAAGACCGGGAAUUGAAGCAGGUUCACAGAUGUUCACAGCACUUUCCAGUCAUCUUAAUCAUCUUCACUUUGAAUUUCUUCAUCAUCCCAUGGUCAUUUCAUCCCAUUUUUCCCAUGGUGGAGCCCCCAUCCCCCGGUGGUGCCACCGGUGCCGGUCACCGCGGCGCCUACUUCGCCGCGCUGCUGGCGUCGAGCGACGCCCUGCGGCUGACCUCGGGCACCGAGGGCCUGGGCCUGGCGCUGCGCCGCGCCGCGUCGACGGCGGAGGAGAUCUACCGGGGCCGGGCGCUGGCGGUGCAUCGCCAUGACGCCAGGUGUGAGGAGGUGGAGGCCAUCUGCAAGGCACGUCCAUGUUUUCUUCCACCCUCUUGCUACUGCGCUGCUCUGAGCUCGUUGCUGCAAAGCACGGCCGAAAGUGACCUCCUGCACAGCCUGCUGUCGCUGUCCAAACCUGAUCGCAUUGCCCGGCGGGCGCCGGGAAUCAGCAGUGGCGACACUGGUCCAUGUGACAUCACUGCGCGAGAGAUACUGCGACAGUCAGAUCUGGCAGAAGACCUACUUCCACUCUACAGCGACCUGGCGCGAAUCUGGAAAUACAACGCCUUUGAUACUGGAGAUGGACGAAUGGCCAUCUUUCUUCUGCCCUCCUUGUGCAAUCAUAGCUGUUUGCCCGCUGCGGAGUACACCUUGUGCGAUGAUGAUGGCACUGUAGAAAUGCUUCUCUUUUCCUUGCGCGACUUGGAAGCUGGAGAUCCGCUGACCAUUUGUUACAUCGAGAACAACGAGAAGCACCGGAGCAGUCGCAUGGCACGAAGGAACACCCUGGCGGAAGGCUGGCUAAGUGUGCAGAUAUGGAACUUGGAAAGCUGCAAUCCGAGACCUGAUGCUCCAGCAGGUUUUGCCAAACUGCUGUGUCGCCCGUUGUGCUGGAUGUCCUUAGCCCGGACAAGAGGCAAGAUUCUCCUUGAGGUUUUGCAGGAGAACCAUGGAGAACCUGGUGGAGAGGGUGAAACUUUGGCCUGCCAAGACCGGCUUCUUGGGCAAUGUUUGGGGUUUGCACUCUGGGGUGCAAGUCAAGGGUCGUCUGCUGCCACUUCAGAGGCUUCCAAAAGGAUGUCGCUUUUGAGUUCAGAGCGCUUGACGUGCCCGUGGUGUACGAUUUGA